GCCCUCCCUUCCCUUUCUCUCUCUCUACGCUACUGGAUCAGGAGAAUAUUUUUCUCACCAAAACCGUGAGUUUUGGUUUUUUCUGACUGUUUAUAUAGGUAGUAGAUAAGUGUCAAAAUCUUCAAUUCAAUUUGGGUCUUGAAAUUAGACUAGCAGACCAUCAUCAUAAUAACGAACUUUCCUUCAAAAUCAGAGUGAACAAUAAGUCUAAAUUUAUUUGGAUUUUAACAAGUGCAAUUUUAGUGGUCAAGCUCUGAGAUUCCAUGUUUCUGAUACCUUCUAAUCUUCUAUGUCAUCACCUCCCUAUAAGUCCACAAUUACUUGGCCAUUAUUCAUUGCCAUAAACAUAUACUGUUGAAGUCUCGUGUGAUAGCCCUCUGAUACUCCGAACUCCAAAGAGCCUUCUAUGUCUCCCUUCACACUCAUGAUGCUAAUUAAAAGGCGAUCCAUUCUCCUGCUCCUGGCUUUUCUGUUAGUGCAGCCAUGUAUACUUCACUCAUCCCACUCUUCCAACAACUUUACAGAUCAAUCAGCUCUCAUUGCCUUCAAAUCUGAAAUCAGUUUUCUUCCCAAUGAUACAGUCUUCUCUGCUGGUAACUGGUCCACAACAACAAACUUCUGUGACUGGUUUGGGGUCUCUUGCAGCCGACGCAGACAAAGAGUCACAGCCUUGAACCUUUCCUAUGUGGGUCUACAAGGCACCAUUUCCCCUCAUAUUGGCAACCUCUCCUUCCUAGUCUCACUUGAUCUUGGAAACAACAGCUUCUCUGGUUUUCUGCCACAUGAGAUUGGUAAUCUACACCGCUUGAGGGAACUUUGGCUGCCAAACAACUUAUUGGAAGGUAAUAUUCCUCCAACUCUACAUAAUUGCCAGAAGCUUGAACUUUUAUCUCUUUAUGGAAACAAUUUAAAUGGUAGCAUACCUAAAGAUUUAGGCAUGUUACCAAGGCUUAGCCAGAUAAAUCUUAGUACAAACCGUCUUAUGGGUACAAUACCAUCGUCCCUCAGCAAUUUGUCGUCAUUUAAGGUAUUGUAUUUGUACUCCAAUAGCCUCACUGGUGCAUUUCCUCUUGUCAUCUUUAACUUAUCUUCUCUAGAGAAAAUUGAUAUUACAGAAAAUAAUCUCUCAGGAACCCUUCCAAUGGAUCUUUGUAGCCGUUGUCCUAAUCUUCAAGAACUGUAUAUUUCCUUGAACAUAUUCAGUGGUAAGCUCCCUUCACAGUUUAAUAACUGCAGAGAGCUUUUAGACUUAUCUCUAGCAUACAAUAUGUUUGAUGGAAGUAUUUCAAAAGGUUUUGGGAGUUUAAAAAGGCUUGAAAGCCUCUAUCUUGGAAAUAACUACUUAAUUGGAAAUAUUCCUCCUAUAUUAAGCAAUUUAUCGAUGUUACAAUUGUUUUUUGCUCAAGAAAACCACAUUAAAGGAAACAUUCCAAGUGACUUCUGGCGUCUCCAAAAUCUGAAUAUAUUGGUUGUUGAGAACAAUAAUCUCACUGGGACAAUAUCCGAAAAUGUUUUCAACAUUACCUCUCUACAAGAGCUCAGCUUGGCGGGCAAUUCCUUGUCUGGAAUUAAUCUUUCAUUAGCUACUAAGAUCUCUUGCCCUUAUCUUUCAACGUUGUAUCUUGGUAGCAACAAAAUUAGCGGUCGUAUCCCAUCAUAUCUUUCAAAUUUUUCUGACCUCCGCGAUGUAGAUUUUUCUGAAAAUAUACUCUCUGGGCCUAUACCAAGAAGUCUUGGAAACUUAAAAUAUCUCAUUUACCUUUUUCUGGAUGAGAAUCAACUAACAGGGGAGCCUGGGCAUCAAGAGAAUAGUUUCCUUACAUCUUUAACCAGUUGCACAUCUUUAAAGAUGCUAAGUAUAUCCCUCAAUCCCUUGAAUAUUACAAUUCCGGAAACCAUUGGAAAUUUUUCGGGUUCGCUUAAAACCAUUUAUGCAAGGAAAAGCCAAAUACGGGGUCAAAUUCCAAUGGGAAUUGGUUCCUUGAAAAAUUUGACCUGGCUUGAUUUGAGCUAUAACAAAUUGUCUGGAAAUUUGCCGUCAACAUUAGGGGGAUUAGAGGAAUUGCAAAGAUUGCAUCUUAGAGACAAUAAUAUUGGAGGAAACAUUCCAGAAGAGCUUUGUCAGCUAAUCAAGCUGGGAGAAUUAUUUCUCUCAAAUAACAAAAUUUCUGGAUCCAUCCCAAAUUGCAUUGGAAACCUCAGUUUUUUGCAGAGAUUAAACUUGAGUUAUAACAAACUGACAUCAUCAAUCCCAUUGAAUGUGUGGAAUCUUGAAAAUAUGUUGUUCUUGGAUUUAUCAUCAAAUUCCCUCAGCGGAUCUUUGUCUCCAAACAUGAGAACACUCAAAGUUAUUGAGUACGUGAAUUUAUCUCAUAACCAAAUUACUGGAAAUGUUCCAAGUAUCAUUGGUGCUUUUGAAAGCUUGGACAAUCUUGAUUUGUCAAAGAACUCAUUUCAAGGACAAAUUCCAGAUUCUUUUGGGCAAUUGAAAGGAUUGAAUCGGCUGAACCUUUCUAACAAUAAUCUCUCUGGUGCAAUUCCUAAGUCUCUUGAGGUACUUCAGCUUCUCAAGCAUUUGAAUUUGUCAUUCAAUAAGUUAUCGGGAGAGAUUCCAUUUGGUGGACCUUUUGCAAACUUCAAGGCAGAAUCAUUUUUAGGUAAUGAAGCACUUUGUGGGAAUUCAAUUUUUGGAGUUCCACCUUGCACAAGUCCUAGUUCUAAAGAAGCAAGGGUGAAACAACUUUUGCUCAGAUAUAUUGUUCCCAGCAUUGCAUCAAUUAUAAUCUUUGCAACACUGAUCAUUAUGCUAAGAAGACAUCCACAAUAUAACAUGCAAAUUCCAAGUUCACUUUUCACAUUACCUACAAUGGAUCACAGAAUGAUAUCAUAUCAUGAACUUUGUCGCGAGACAAAUAACUUUUGUGAAAGCAACUUGCUUGGAAUCGGAGGGUUUGGUGUUGUGUACAAAGGGAUACUGUCUGAUGGGACUAUUGUUGCAGUCAAAGUUCUAAAACUGCAUUUAGAGGGUACUUUUAAAAGUUUUGAUGCUGAAUGCAAGUUGUUAAGGGCAUUCCGACAUAGGAAUCUUGUUAAAGUCAUUAGUGUAUGCUCUAGUCUCGAGUUUAAAGCUUUAGUGUUGCAGUACAUGUCAAAUUAUAGCCUUGAAAAGUGGUUAUACUCUCACAACUACUACUUGAAUCUUGUUCAAAGAGUAGGCAUUAUGGUUGAUGUUGCAUCGGCACUAGAUUAUCUCCACAAUGGCCAAUUAGAAUGCGUGGUGCAUUGUGAUUUGAAGCCUAGCAAUAUUCUUUUGGACGAGGACAUGGUUGCACAUGUUGGGGACUUUGGCAUUGCAAAGAUUUUAGCUGAAAACAAGGACGCAACCCAAACCAAAACCAUUGGUACAAUUGGCUACAUCGCACCAGAGUAUGGUUCUGAAGGGAGAGUAUCCACCAAAGGUGACAUUUAUAGCUAUGGGAUAAUAUUGUUGGAGAUGAUCACAAGAAAGAAACCAACCGAUGAAAUGUUUGUUGGAGAACUAAGUAUGAGGCAAUGGAUUGCAUCAAUUCCUGACAAAAUGAAAGUCAUGGACGAUGGUUUGCUUAGGAUAGAAGAUGAAAGAGAUGCGACUGUCAUGCAAACUAUCCUUUCGUCUAUCUUGGAAUUAGGCUUGAGGUGUUCUGAAGAAUUACCAGAUGAAAGACUUGACAUCAAGGAUGUGGUGGCCAAGGUUAACAAAAUCAAAUUGGCACUACUUGGAAACAGAAAUAGGGGUGUUUGAUAUUUGCGCUAUUGCUCAAGUUUCUUAUGCGUGCACAUGUAAAGUCCUUGUUAAAGCUUGCUUUCCUUUCCUUUUCCUUUUUUUUCAAGGUGUAAUUUUGUGACCCUAGUUUGGUAUGUCCUUUAAUUUUAUAAGCUUUAUAAGUAGUAUGUCACUACUCACUUGGGACCAAAAUCAAUCAAAAUUAUCCAAGUUAUUAAUAUUUGAAGUUAAUAACCAAGA